AUUGGAUUCACAAUGAUCUAAAAAUAUACAAACACAGGGAAAAAAAACGAAAAAAAUAAAAAUAAAAAAAAAUAAAAAUAAAGAGAUGAAGAUGGCUUCGAAAUUCACCUUGUUGUUUCUCCCACUGCUAGCAUACAUUGUAAAUGCCCAAGAGCCAGCGACUUUUGAUAUCGGAAAUUAUGGUGGGAAACCUGAUGCAAAUAUAGCCGAGGCUUUAUCGUGCGCUUGGAAGGAGGCAUGUGCAGCUACAACUCCGAGCACAGUUGUGGUGCCAAAAGGCACUUUCAUGUUAGAUCAAGUAAAAUUAGCAGGCCCAUGCAAAGCCCCCAUUGAGCUUCAAGUCCAGGGCACGAUUCAAGCCCCUUCAGAUUAUAAUGAUUUGCCCGACAAGGACGCUGCAUGGAUCACUAUACAUUACGUCGACCACUUGACCGUACAAGGUGGUGGAGUUUUUGAUGGCAAUGGUAAAGAAGCAUGGGCCAAAAAUGAUUGUGGCACAAAUCCAGAUUGUGUUAAACUUCCAACAAAUCUCAGCUUCAAUUUCAUCACCAACUCAAUCAUUCGUGACGUGACGACUCAAGAUAGCAAAAAUUUUCACGUCAAUGUGUUAGGGUGUAAGAAUGUUACGUUCCAACAGUUCACCGUGAGUGCGCCGGGUGAUAGUGUUAAUACAGACGGACUUCACAUCUCAAGGUCAGAAGGGAUUAACGUCACUGAUUGCGUCAUCAAAACAGGAGAUGAUUGCAUCUCCAUUGGUGAUGGCAUGAAAGAACUCCAUAUCGAAAAGAUAACUUGCGGGCCAGGCCACGGCAUUAGCGUUGGAAGUCUUGGUAGAGGCGCUACCGAAGAAGAUGUAACCGGCAUUUAUGUCAAGAAUUGCACAUUCAUUGGCACCCAAAAUGGUAUUAGAGUGAAAACAUGGCCUUCUGCCCCAGCAGAACUCAAGAUAACAGAUCUGCAUUACGAAGAUAUUAUUAUGGACAAUGUUGAGAAUCCUAUUAUCAUUGAUCAGGCAUAUUGUCCGUAUAACCAGUGCAAGCUAGACUCUCCAUCUCUCAUUCAAGUCAGUCAAAUGACUGUAAAAAACAUUAGGGGCACCUCAAAAACUCCGGUGGCAAUGACGUUUGCUUGCAGCGAAGCCAAACCUUGUGAAAAUGUGGAGAUCGGAGAUAUCGAUCUUGCAUGCAGCGGAACCGAAGGGCCUCUCACCACUAAAUGUGCCAACAUCAAGCCUACUUUAGUCGGCAAACAGAAUCCACCAAUUUGUGCUUAAAUAAAGGCUCCAUCAAUGUUGCAAUAAUGUAUUUUUCUAUUAGGAUUUUGAAGAAUGUAAUUGAUAAUGUCUCUAUGAAAGUAACAGAGACAAGUUUAAUCAGCAGCCACUCGAGUAUAUGUGCAUGGAUCACCACCCACUUGGCAUAAAAAGUUGCCCUCCGCCUUACUACAAAGGAGCUUCAACCGACUUUCAUCACUAACGCGCAAUGGAAAAAUCUUGACUUGUAGUCACCGACUUUUUCCACUAUAUAUAUGUGUUCAGCUUCGACAUUUUGUGUAAGAAUUGAGAGACAGACAGUUUAUUUAUUUUUAUAUAGAGAUAUAUGCUAAGGUGGUUCUAGUAUAAUUAAAUAAAAUAAGUGUGAGUUGAAAGUGUCCAACUGUCACUUGUAUAAUUUUCGUCUCAAUAAAAUAUUAUUUCUUUGAUUUAAAUUCAA